AUGUUUAUUAUACGAUUAAUUUUUGUUAUUUUGUUAACUCUAAGUCUAACAAAUGCGUUGGCUUCUCUUCCUUCAUCAUCAAUUACCACCACUAACACUGAAAAAGAAGACUUACCCUAUCUUAAUGACGAUCUAGAGGGACAAAAUCAUGGAGAAGAUGACGAAAAAAAUCAUGGAUCUUGUCUUUCUGACACCUUUGGCAGUUGUAUUGCACAAAAUGCUGAAAAUGAAUCAAUCGAUUCAUUACCAUCAUCUGAUGAACCAAGCAGCAGUGAUCAUGAUGAUGAAAAUGUUAAAGAUCAACAAGGCGGUCGUGGAGGUGAUAUAGAAGUUGUAAUCGCAUAUUUAGAUGUAUUAGAGAAUGUAGAAAUAGAGAUAAAUGAUGUAUCUCGAUAUUUAUUAUUAUCCCCUAAAAGAUUUCCUGAUGUGGAAGAACAACAAAAAUACAACAAGCGAGGUGAAGAAAAUGCUACAAAUGAAUCGAUUGGCGAAGACUAUAAUAGUGAUGAUCUUGAUAGUGAAAUUAUCGAAAGUCAGCAAAUUAGUAGGCGUCUUCGUAUCGGUGUUGGUUUUCGAGGUAGAAGUAGCAGAUGUAAUGUUUGUGCACGAUAUUGUGUAAGAAGAUAUAGAUCUUGUAAUCGAAUCAUUAUUUGUAUUAGUAGGCUUUGCGGAAGAGGUGAAAUAUAA